CGUGUGCGAACGUGUCUUAACGCUUAACAUGUUUCAGUUCUCGUGAAUACUCGGGAAGGCACGCUUAUGUUAUCAGCUGUCUUUUCCAUCUAGUGCUUCUAAUAGCUUGUUUUCGUGCGUUAAAUUGAAAUUCGAAUGUUUUUUUCGAAUCCAAUGAGGUUUCAUGACGUUUAUAUAAAGGGGCUUCGAUGUGAAAGGCAGUAAAAUGGGCUUAAAGUAUCUGAUCCUAAUGAUUGCUUUUGCAACAGUCGAAAUAAAUCUAACUGAGAGUCGGCAAAAUGAUAAACGAAGAUGGAAAUCGGAGAAGUCGCCUUACUCACAUUACGUAAACAUUUGUGAUAUACAAGACAGAGUGUCGAAAGUACAUUGUUACUGCGAAAGCAUAAAAAUCAAGACAGCAACCAAAGCGGAUUGUUGGGUUUUCAACGGCGGAAUAGCCGAAGACGAUCCGUUUUGGUCCAACUUUUAUUCACAACCAAAAAUCGAAAGGCUAACAUUUAACGUAAGAGCUGACGGCGGGCUUACAUUCAUCCCUGCAAAAGUAAUCGUUCGGCUCGACCACUUGCAGUUCCUAAACAUUCAAUACGCCAAUAUCUAUAGCAUACCUUCGUUUGCAUUCACCAACUCGACCACGUUACGUGAAAUAACGCUGCCCAAGAAUAAAAUUGUUAAACUAGAAAAAAUGGCUUUCGCCCAUUUGAUAAUGCUAGUCAAUGUUAGUCUCGUAGAGAACCAAAUUAUCGAAAUUGCGAAAGACGUAUUCUAUUUCUUACCCAAUUUACAAAGAUUGUAUCUAGCGAAGAACACAAUAGAACUGUUACACGACGGUUGUUUUAAACAUUUGAACAAUUUGAUAAAAUUGGAUUUGUAUAAUAAUUUGUUGACUGUGGUGGUGCGAGAGAAUUUCCAAGGAUUAUCAAAUUUAAUUACUCUCGAUAUGCGGAACAAUAAAUUGAAUAUGAUCGGGGACCUGGCUUUUGCGGAACUUUGGAGCCUUCAAGAACUUUACCUAGAUGGCAACGAAAUAAAAUUUAUUUCGGAAAGAGGUUUCGGCGGAUUGACUCAGCUUAAGAAACUUUCUUUAGCCGAUAAUAAGUUGGGAAUGUUGGAUGAUGGAGUGUUCGACGAUAUACAAAAGUUGAAUGUCUUGGAUCUGAGGAACAAUAACUUGGAAACAUUGAAACAAGAGACGUUGAGAAGUGUUAUUGAUAAUAUGAAAUCGAAUUACGCGUUAAUCUCUCUUGACGGUAAUAAGCUCACAUGCGACUGCCGACUGGCCUGGCUCCACAAACUACGAGAAGAAACCCGAAGCAAACGGAUAAAGGUCUCUCUCACACGCCUCAACUGCAUCAUGGACAACAAGCUAAAAACCAACAUGAUCAACAUAAAAGUACAACAGAAAACAGAAACACCAAAUAAAAUCAAUAAUUUACAAAUGACUCAAAAGAACGAUAGAAGUUACGAUGAAAUUGACGACCUUGAUGAUUACGACGACACACUACAAGAUCAAGAGACGGAUUUAGAUACCAGUAAAAUAGAAUACCGUAGGAAACUUCUAGAAAUACCAAAAGAUAUGCUACCCUGUCCCAGUAAACUCCUUUCAGAGGCUUCCUACUCUCCACCCACACAAGACGAAGUCAAAUACUACAAAACAUCAGGCAGCGAAACACACAAAUCUCUUGCAAGAAUAUUAAUUUUGUGUAUAUUGAUCAAAAUACUGUAACGAAUUAAGUUUGCACGUUGUAAUGCUAAUUUUGUGAAAUUACGGUUAGUUUUAGUGUAAAUAGCUAAUGUAAAACUUAAAUAUUCUAAAAUGUGGAGGUAGUAUAUAAAAUUGCUUUCGUUGAUAACAUCUGCUUGGAGUUAAAAGUUAAAAGUAAAGGUACGUUGGGAGCGUAAUCAGUUUAGUAAGAAACGUCUUUAAUAAAGGUAUCGCCUCUGGAUAUAGAGUUUAUAAGAAUUAGCAAUUGUGG